AUGGCCGAUUCUGACGAGUUUUACGAGGGUACUGAAGGUGAUUUUGACGAUGACUUUACAACUAAUCGUGACAAAGCGUACAACGAGUACGAGGAUCCCAACAUGUGUUUCGAUGUUCCUCAAGACACACCAACAACUUCUGAGGAUCACAGUCAACAUUUCAAUGUAGGUGUUGAGUUUGAAACUGGGAAAGAAUUAGUGGAAUGGGCAAAAAAAAUGGCUGCUACUCAUGGUCAUCGAUUGAUAGUAACUUCAAGCAAGAAAAACGUGUAUAUAGUAAUUAGAUGUCAUUUGUCUGGGGAGGGACGUGAAAAACGAACCGUAGGUGCGAUACCACGGAAUGUGGGAACAAAAAAAUGUGGAUGUCCUUUUCGUAUAUACUGUAGCAAAAAUUCAAACGAUGGACUAUGGCGAAUGAAUUUAAAAAGUGGCACUCACACUCACCCGACACUACCGUAUCCUACCGGACAAGGACCGGAUAGUCGUUUGACACCAGAAGAAUACGAGGUAGUGAAGUUACUUAGAAGGAGCCACGUGAAGCCGGCAUUAAUUAUGGAUCGAUUGAGAAAGGAUAAUCCACAGACAUCAACGAGUGUGAAACACGUCUACAACCAACUUGAGAAGAUGAAAAAAGAGAAUAUGGCGGGGAAGACUGUGAUACAACACGUGAUGUCGAACCUUCAAGAAUCUGGAUAUGAAUAUUGGUAUCGAAGUAAUGAAGGUGAUGAUACACUUACUGAUUUGAUGUUCGCUGCUCCUAUUUCGUUGAAACUUUACCGGUUAAUUGUCCUCUACCACCUAUCACUCCACAGUGGCGACAUGUUAGAGCCGCAAAUCUUGCCCACUUGUCGGAAAUGUUCGAAGAACGCCUAUACAUGUGGCGUCGUUUAUCUAAGUUGGGAUAGGUUUCUUAUUUUAGUUGGUAUGUAUUUGGACCUUGAGGGGGGCGUACGACUGGCGGUGGUCCUUCUGGCGCUGGAUCCCGGUUGA